AUGGAUAACCUAUUAUGUUCCGUAUUGUUAUUAGCCGUAACAACACUGAUUCUUAUUGAUGCCGAUUGCUCAACUUAUCCCGCAGUUAAAAAUUCAUAUUUGAACAAAGACGACCAAUGUGAUGAUACUUCAAUUACGUGUAAUAAAGGGUAUAACAUGAAACAGAUGGUAAAAUGUGAAGGUGGAGAAUGGCAAUAUCAAGAACCGUUCUGUGAACCUCAAGAUUGUGAGUACAAGUAUACAAAUGGUACAUAUCUUAGUUUUCACUCGAAAUAUAAAUCAAUUUCAAACCAACAAGAAUGUACUGAAGUGUGUAAUAAUGAUGCAACAUGUGGCGGUGCUGAGUUCCAUACUGGUCUUUGUUUUUUCCAUCCACCACCAGUCAUCGCCGUGUUUAUUGAUACAGAUCUGAACGAAUGUAUUACAAAAUGUUCCGAGCUGAAUGAAUGUCUGAUGUUGAAUUAUUAUCCAGAUGACGAUGAGAGCAAAUGUAGGCUGUUUAACGUUACUCUUAACGACCUAUAUGAAGGGGAAAUUAGAUUCGAUAGUAGACAUAUUUUAGUAGAAAAAAUCUGUUAA